AUGGGACAUUUGAACUCCUUCUUCAAGAACUCAAGCAAGCUUUUAUCGGAAGCAAGGUUGCACUUUCAAGACUCCAGGGAGCCUUUCGCGUUGACCGUUGCGGGACAAAAGUGGUACGUCCUCACGAAGCCCGAAGAUGUCACCUCAACAUAUCGGAUCGACAGUGGAUCACUUUCCUACGACAUCUUUGCAGUAGAGGUGAUGGGUAUGGUGGGAAUCACGGCAGAGGGAAUUCGCAAGGCGUUCCAAACGCAGCACGUGAGUCCAGAUGGCACCACCAUUGUGCGGUACAAGCAUCUGGUGAGGCUUUGCAAGGAGUACCAGCUGGAGCAGCUUACGCCAGGGCCAGGACUCAACCGAUUAGUAGGGCCAGCAAUGAAUCUCCUGAAACGCCGCCUCAACCACGAUUCGGUCGUGGAUCGAGGUGCAGCGUGGUAUGCAGAUGAUAUGCCCACUGUCAAAGGUGGCGUCCAUGUUUCCCUGUAUCAGUGGAUUUCCGACGUCUUCAUCGAAAUGGGUACGACCGCAUACUUCGGAAACCUGCUUCUGCAGAUCGAUCCAAGCCUGACAAGGACUUUCAUGAUAUUUGAAAGCAUCUCAUGGCAAGCCAUGUAUCAGUACCCACGGUUCCUGUGUGGCGACAUGAUGCGGGCCAAAGAGAAGUUACAGAAUGCUAUGGCAGAGUAUUUUGCAUCACCUAAACAUACAAGAGCCGAUGCAUCCUGGUUCAUACUCAAAAUCGAAGAAGAGAUGGACCGUCUUAACAUUUCGUCAGCCGACAGCGCGAUUUUCUUUUUCCAAUUGUACUGGAGCAUCAACGGCAAUACUCGAAAAGCUCCGUUCUGGAUCCUAUCGUAUCUACUGUUCGACACGGACCUACUUGCAGCCGUCAGAGCCGAGACCGCAGGGGCGAUGGAUGGGACGAAUCCUGACGUGACCUGCCUUGUCAACGUGGACGCUUGCCCACGAUUGAAUAGCAUCUGGGAAGAGACUAUCCGCCUGACUGCAUUUGCUGCAUCGGUUCGUUUUCUGACCUGCGACCUAGAGAUCGGAGGCAAGACUCUACGCAAGGGCAAUCGUCUCAUGAUACCGCAAAGACAGUUGCAUUUCAGCACGCGGGCGUUCGGCCAAGAUGCCUCGAUGUUCAAUCCUGACCGUUUUCUUGAGAAUCCUGCUCUUCGACGACAUCCGAGUCUGCGUCCUUUCGGUGGAGGUGCUACCAUGUGCCCAGGUCGCAACCUAGCGAAGCAGACGACCUUGGCCUUCGUUGCCUUGGCAGUGCACACGUUUGAUAUGGUCCUCGAUCCACCGAACCAGAAAUUUCCACGUCCAUCGGAGGGCAAGCCAUCAAUUGGAUUAAUAGAUAUCAUGGAAGAUUCUGAUUUGAGGGUCCGACUGGUACCCCGACCAAAGCUCCCAUCGUAG